AUGUUGUUAUUUUCUGGUCGUUGAAGGUUUGAAACAAGGCGAUAAGUCGAUUACAUCGACACCCAGACUUUGUUUUCUUUUCUUUCUCUCUCUCUGAUUCUUUCUGUUUCUGUGAAUUGUGGAAGUUGAAAAUCAUGAGUGCUCUCCCGAGUUCGUUCGUUUCAGUUCAGAAUCACAAAACCCGCUUCUUAACGGGUUCUCCAAAGCCAACCUACCAUUGUCUUUUGAACGUAAGUCCCAGUAAUUUAAAUGCUGCAUUUCAGGACAAAGCAAAGCUUACUUCUCAUAGAAGGUCAUUUGUUGUCCGAGCAGGAGCGGAUAAACCAAGUUCUGCAAGUAUCUUCGUUGGUGGUUUUGUAUUGGGAGGGAUAGUUGUUGGAGCAUUAGGUUGUGUAUAUGCACCUCAGAUAAGCAAGGCACUAGCUGGAGCCGAUAGAAAAGACUUGAUGAGGAAGCUACCAAAAUUUAUUUAUGAUGAAGAGAAAGCUCUUGAGAAAACCCGCAAAAUACUGGCGGAGAAGAUUGCGCAGCUAAAUUCCGCCAUAGAUGACGUUUCUGCUCAGCUGCAUGGAGAUGAUGCCCCGAAUGGAGCCGCAGUGGCUCCGGACGAAAUUGAAGCUUCAAUAUAAUAAUAGUUUGCAGAAGUUUUGUUAACUUGUUACAUGUGUCACACUGGGAAAAUAAUGUUGUUAAUGUUCUUCUUCUCGUGUGUUUUACUUGUUUAUAAAUUCAAGCACUUUAUUUUUACUUUUAUUAUUAUUGGAUAUCAUCUCUUCCUAUAUAAUGGUUCAUGCAAAAUCAAUGUAUACUUUUUGCUUC